CACUUCCGGGUCAUAUGACAGCAGCGGCUAAACUUAUGUCGACGGCGUCAAUUGGUUGAAAUAUAAGGUCAUGACCCUUAUCUUCAUUUCCGAAGAAGCAUGGCUGAGAAACGAAAACACUUAGCCGAGGAUGUUGUGGAAUACUUCCUUUUCCCGACUUUACCAGACUCACUGAAUAAGUCAGAAGUUGCAAAAUAUUUGGAGGAACUGUUGGAUUCGUACCUGGCGUUUGUUAGUCCUCUGGUCGUCGAUUACAUUUGGCAAAACGACCCGUUCUCCCUGGUAGUGACAGCUGAAGGUGAUCUUCCCGCCCACCUGUACGGAAGAACGAGUUUUGGCGAUAACAUUGACGAUGAGUGGUUUAUUGUUUACCUGCUGUUCAAGUUAACCAAGCAGUUUUCUGGGCUUAUUGCCAGGGUCGUAGAUAAUGAUGAGGAGUUUAUGUUGAUUGAAGCUGCUGAUGUUCUGCCCAAGUGGAUUGACCCUGAAACUGUUGAAAACAGAGUGUAUAUCUACAAUGGACAACUACACAUUAUCCCAUUGCCCCAGUCCCCCGCUGACAUCACAAGCCUGCCGGGGUCGGUGCCGUCCAUCAGUGACGCUGUCCAGUGUGUGCGGACCUGCUCCCCUGCAGCCGUAGCCUCGGCUAGUAUACAGCAGGCCGUACAGACACGGAUCAAUGAGUUUCCAGCUAAAACCAAAGAAAAUAUUCACUAUGCACACUGCUACAUCCCUGCCAACCUGGCAGCCAUCUUGGAAAAAAGACCCCAUUUGGUUUCCCAAGGGGUGUUGGCUUUCUACUACAGAGAUCCUAUUGACCUACGGUCAUGUCGAACUAUGCAAUAUUUCCGACCAGGGACACGAGUCAUCUCAAGGGUGAAAUUGACACGGUGUCUGUAUGCCCAGCUGAUGCAGCAGAAGUUUCAGCCAGACAAACGCAGUGGCUGGGUCCUUCCUAGUUCCAUUAACCCCAAGUACAAGGCCCAUGACCUUGGCAUGAAGCUGGCCCAUGGCUUUGAGAUUUUAUGUGCAAGAUGCUCUUCAAACAAAUCUAAGGCGGGAAACAGCAAGUGUGCUCCCCAGGACAAUGACAUGCGAUGGAACAGAUACCUACAAUCUCUUAAAGAACGGGGCUUCUUCAGGGGGGAGAUUGAGGGUUCCAAACUCUACCAACAGUUAAUGAGUGAUGCCAGACAGUUUUACACUGACCAGUUACAGGCAGACUUGAGAGAGGGAAGCAAAAGGAACACAGGAGGUGAGAUCCUCAGGCUGUUGGAUUCUGUAGAGUUUGACAUCGAAGCCAUGAGGAAAGCUGAAGCAGACUUAUCUCCCCCUGAUGAUGAUGGAUGGCUGAAUUUGACACCCGAGACCUUGGACGACAUGAUGAGGAAGAAAGCUGGUCCUAAUAGCACUGAAAAGUCCUCUAAUGGCAAAGACCCAAUCGACCUUUCAAAGGUUGCAGACAGCAUGAAGGCCUUCGUAGAGAAAAUAUCAGGCGUGGAUGGAGUAGAAAUUCCUGUUGAAGGUGAAGAUGAUGAUGACGAUGAUAUCCAGUUUGACAGUACUGGGUUUAUAUCAGCCAUGCAGAAAAUGUUUGAGUUUGAUGACAAUGACAGUGGGUCAAGCUCUGACAUGAGUGAGUACGGCUGGGAAGACUCGGACCAGGACUUUGAUGACCAACCUCCAAGUGGGAAGCCAUCCAAACAUAAACAUAAAGCUGCCGUGCCCACAGUUAAAGACUACAUGGACUUGAUGGACCGUGAACUGGCUCCCACCAAUGUGGGCAAGAGUUUUGAGAAGGAACCACAGGCAGAGAAUGGUCCACACACACAGCCAAAGACGCCAACAAACAAAUCCCAGAACAUUAACAGAGACAUUGAUGACGAAGAUGACGAUUUCCAGCCGGUCAACAUAGAUGUAAACACGGUGAAGAACAUGCUGGAGUCUAUUGGUGCCCAGCAGGGUCUGGCAGGCCCCGCCUCCAACAUACUUAACUCUAUGGGUGUCAACGUUCCCCAGCCUAACGCCGAGGACCGGGAGGAAAAUGUAGCUCCUGUUCCACCUCCCAGAAAGAGGACACCGAAGUCUGUCCCAACCAAAAGGCCAAGUUCAAGGUCAACACCCUCAUCCAUAUCACUGUCCAGCAGCAAUAAUGCAGCCCCUGUCAAAAAGGAAACAAACGUCUGACUGACCCGACUUCCAUACAGAGUUUGAAAAUUGCAUGAAACAUCAACCUUUUAUUGAAGGUUAUCACAAAUCAAGAUUUCAACUUCAUCAUCCAAUCUCAACUUAAGCAUCCAUAAACGUGAUUGGAGUGGUGCCAAAUUAAAACAUUGUAAAUCUUGGUGAUUUGAAGCUGGUUUCUUCCAAAGAAAGAUAACUCCAUCUUAAAUGAGUUUGAUGCAGACGGGGAAAUGACUCAAGUCAUCAGAUGUCACAAUAGAAUGACAGCGCAGGAUAAAAUGUGGAGAAAUCUCAGUUUCCUAGUCAUUAAAGGUCUACAGGACGUUCAAUAAGUCUCUCCAAUGGACCAAACAGGUGCCAGGUCAUCGUAUUACCUACACACAGGUGUGACAGAUAAUACUUACACACAGGUGUGACAGAUCAUACUUACACACAUGUGUGGGGGUGAAGCAAUCUACAUUUUGACUUAUGAACUGUAAUUUUCAUUAUCCUUUGACAUUAUGAUAAUUAUUAUAUCCUGUCUGAAUUCAAUCAUUUAUUUUUUCCAAUUCAAACUUUAUACAAAGUAUCCAGACAAUUUAAGUGGAGUGUUUUUCGACUAGUUUGUGUUUUGAAAUCAUGCCUUGAUAUCCUGCUUCAUUGAUGUGGCUGUGUUGAUAUUAACACAAACCAUAGCUACCUUGAAAUACAGUAGUUGUGUUGAUAUUUACACAAACCAUAGCUACCUUGAUUAUCACAAAUACAGUAGCUGUGAUUACACAUUUCACACAGUAGCUGUGUUGAUGAUUACACAUUACACACAGUAGGUGUGUUGAUUAUUACACAUUACACACAGUAGCUGUGUUGAUGAUUACACAUUACACACAGUAGCUGUCAUGAUGAUUACACACUGUAGCCGUGUUGAUAACACACAUACAUUAGGAGUGUCAAUUACACAGACAUUAGUUAUGUUUAUCAUUGUUGAUAAAAUUUAAUGUUUAUAUUAAAAGAGUAUUCAGUAUAGAUAUAUUGUGUUAAAGAACUAAAUGUACUUUGAUUAUUUAAUGUCAAAUCAAUAAUGAAAACUUAAUGAAAACUUAUAUAACGUAGAAUAAUCUCAUGUUAUAGUGCUCAAACAUAAAUUAAAGCAUUAUCUAAAUACUGUAAAACCUUGAUAUAGUGCCCUACAUUCUAUUUUCUACAGCUCAACUGUAGGUCGCAUUUUCAUUUGUUUUAUUAACAAUUUCUUCAGCUAUUUCCUUUAAUAUAUCACCAAACCCCUAAAUACAGCCAAAAUUUCUCUGGAAAAAUAGUGGUAGUAUAAUAAGGUUUUACUGUCACGUGAUAGCUAUACCUUACAAAAGAUAUUUAGGUCAUACUUUGGUCAAUAAUUAUUACUAUUACUUUCAUAUAUUGUAAUUUGCUCACAAUUGGAAAAUGAACCAUAACUGUUGAAAUCCGUCUCUGGUCAAUUUAGAGGUACAAUAUGGUGAUAACAUACUUUUUAUUUGUUUAUACAGAGAAAUUUGUUGUGAGACUUCGUUUUACAUUUUGUUGAUGCUGUAAGUACUGUAAAAGUGCACAGUUUUGUGUAUGGACACUUUGAUUCACAUUUUGACACUUCAAACUAGUCUCGGCUCGGAAAUUUCCAUGUAUUUUUGUUUCAAUGUACUGGUGAAACAUACAUUUGUUGUGUCGUUCUUCAUAAACUUAUCAAAUAUUUGUGUUGUCAUAUGUAAUGAUUUAAAAUUAGGAAACAUUAACCACGAGUAUUUUUUCCUAGUUUUAUUUUCAUGUUACACGUAUCAGUUAUCAGACAAGUAUAUAUAUAAUCAACACUCCUGAUGACAUGAUUCUAUAUACAUAUACAUUGUUGUAUGUAUAAUUUCUCAUGUCGAUAUGUUUGCGUCAUUAAUUGUGUAUGUCAACAUUACUACACUGAACUAUUUAAAUUGAUGGGGGGAAAAUGUGAAAAUUUCCAUAUGACAAAAAUUUACACUUUCACGGUGUUUUGUAUUAUUUUUUUACUAUUUUAUGAGGUAAAUUAGAAUAGGUCGUAUUUUGUUGUGCCAUUCCUUAUUAUUAAGUAUGCAAUACAAAAUGUUGUUUUACUUUUUAUAUUUCCCCUUCUUGUUUAUGCAUAAUGAUUUAUUCUCUUCUAUUUGCAAUGUAGGAAUGAUAGAUAUUUGUAUAAACAUCAUCACCAUGAUAAAAUCACUUUUACAUGUACUGGUAAUAAGUAAAUUCUAUUUACAGAUUUUGUCCAAUUCUGUUUUAAUCUUUUUAAUGUCUGUAUAAUCUAUGAAAACGCAAGAUGUAAUCAAAUGGUCACUGGCCAAAAGCAGCAACUGUUACGUGGGUUUGUAGUGAAUUUUGUUUAUAUUUAUUUGCAUAAUAUGUCUCUAUAUAUAUAGCAUACCUUGCUGGAAAUUUCUUAUGGUGACACACAGUAAAUUUUAUGAAAGUGUUAUUUUCAUGUUGAAAUUAUGUAUCAUUAUUGUAAAGGUGAAAAUACAAAAUUGAAUGCCUAUCAACAGAAACCAUUUCAAUUACACGUGCUCAGCAAUCUAGAAACUCUAAGUCAAUGUUGCACUAAUUCAUAAUUUUUACGCGCAAGUACCAAAAAAUAACAGUUUGCAUAAUCAUUGAUGUAGAUUGUGCUCAACAUUACUCAUGGGUAUAUGUACUCAAAAUCUAACUUGAUGAAUACAUACAUUUGUACGUAGAAAUGUUAUACAGGGUUUCUUGCCUUGUGUGCUGUGUACUAAGUUUAAUUCAAACAACAUGUCAUACUGUCCUACUCUACUGCUGCAUGGCCGUGAUUUAUGAGUACUGAGCAUGAACUUAUUACCGGUAAAAUAUGGUGUAUACAUUUUAAUUCCUGAAGAUCGUGUGCGCCACAGAAAGUAGUUCACUGUCUUGUAUCAUUACUACAAUAACAGUAUUCAAUCUACAGAGCCCUGUAGUAAUGCUAGGUGUUUAACUACAUAACUGUUGUGUUUACCCUUGGCACAUAGAGCAACAGAGUAUGACAUCUGGAUUAGGUUAAAGUAUGUACUGUAGAUUACUUGUAUUUUGCAAUGUAUUUAUCUAUAUAUUUUAAUUUCAAUGGCAAAAUUGAGAAUCAUGCUAAAAUAACAACACACUCUAUCUAAACCAGACUCUGUACAAUUUGACUAUUUUUCUAAAGCAGUCUAACAAUUUGGUUCAGACAAUGAGUAACAAGUUAACCCUAUACAAUACAAAACUCUGAAAACUUGUCGAACUAAUUGGUUCAGACAAUGAGUAACAAGUUAACUUUACAAUACAAAACUCUGAAAACUUGUCGAACUAAUUGGUUCCAGGGGUGUUCGGUUUAGACAGUGUUGUGUAUUUCUUCAUAACAGUGACGAAAGACAUUAUAUUCUCCUCAUGAAUGAGUACUGACAAAUGAGUUUGCAUAAUAAAAUGUGCAAGAAAUAUAAGCCAUCUACAUACAGUAUCGCCAUGGGUUUUUUUUGUGUUUUUUUUAAACUUGUCAAACAUUCCCUUCAUAUCCAUAGCUCACUAAUGUGUUCCUGUCGUGUACUUCAUCAUAAGUUAAUGUGUACAGACAUAUCCUGGUUGGCUUUGUGUAAACAAACAUGUACAGAUGUAUGGAUGUUCUGCUAUUCUGAAAUCUUUACACUUUACUUCCACAUAAAAUUUCAAUGAUUGCCAAACUAAACCAAAAUUACAGUAUUUGUAAUUUUAUUGACGUUGACAUUUAUCAUUUUAUACACAAGAUGUUUAUUUCAUUGUUUAUUUAGAGCCAUUCUUACGGUAAUAUUAGAAAAUAGUACUAGUAGAACACAAGUAAAGCAGGCCUACUUCUGUGUGUAGUAUGUGGUUAAGUUCAGUCCUGUGUUCAAUCUCUGUUUUUGACCACAUUUUAGAGUUGAUAGCCUUGCUAUUAUGUCUGAUGAUACGGUCAUUGUUUUUUAUCAUUGGUUACUAAAUGAAGUUAUUCUACUUCAAUGACAAUAUGAAGUUUAACAUUGAUAAAAUCAUCUUGUUUUUUAAAUGUUGAUGUUUUAACCAUUCAUAAACGAUCAUGGUUGUUGUUUGAACAUGUUGAGUAUUUGAAAUAUAUUGAUAAUAAGCAUUAGACUUACUUACAUAUUGUUAAAUGAUUUUAGAAACUAAAUAUGCAGUAGGAUAUGUCUGUAUUUUAAAUCCAGCUUCCAUGAACUAUCAUCUGUGAAUGUAAACAUAAAUCUCACAGAAUCUCACAUGUUUAGUACAGCACAGUAUAUACAAAUCACCACAGCUUAAUUACUUCAUCAAUUUUACUUUGAGAACAACUUACACCUUGGUAUCUCAUCCUUUAUACGUUGAACCAAACAUACCAAGGUACUUCAGCAUUCUGUGGUAUAAAAUCUAGAAAACUCGGGUUUGUUUCCCUGGCACAAACAUACAUCUCUACCUUGGAACUUUAUCAUUUAUAAAUUGGAACAAUCAAAACCUUGGUAAAACAGCUUUCAUACCUUGGCUCAAAACAUAUCUAAGCACACUGUCGUUUAUACCAUGGCACUGAACAUCCGUAGUUGUUUCUACAUUUAUGACUUGGUACAUACCUGAGAGUGUCCUCAUUCACACAUCGGUACCAACACACAUGGGCACCUCAUUGUUUAUACCUUUGCACAAACAUUCCUACUUACCACAAAGUACAAACAUGCCUAGGCACACAAGUUCUUUGCUUGACACGAGAACUCAGGUUUUUAGAAAUACUUUGGCAUAUAUUUCGGCACUUCAGCAUUCACACCAUAAAAAAGUUCCACUUUUAUAAUCGUCACAAAACAUUUUAUCUUAACAUCGUUUAUACUUCAAACAGAAUGUCGUAUCUUUUAUAAUUGAUUAGUUAAUUGUAAUUAUACCCUGACCAAGAAUAUUGUUGUACACCUGGACACAGAAUAUUGUGUUUAGACACCUCGGGUUUCGUGUCGCUGGGGAUCUCCCCGACCCAUGAUUUUAGGGCGACGCGUCAGAAGGACUGUGAUUUACAAGCAUGAUGAUUGAAGUUCAUCGAGUGGUUUCUAUUUGUAGUGAUCAGCAUGGUAUUUUGUGUUCAGCAGUUGUAUGUUUAUACAGUGCAGAUUUGUGUUCCUGUUUGUUCAUUAGUGUUUCUCGUUGCUGCUUUGUUUGUAUAGUUUGUUUCUACAAAAUUGAUCUUUUUGAUUGUGUUGCCAGAGUUGACUAGAUUGUUUGCUGUAUUUGAAAGGUUGCCAUCCCAUCAGAACCAAGUGGUUUUAAUAUGGAACUGUAAGAUUUUGAUCUCUAUUGAUGUUAUUUAAUGCAAAGACAAUUUGGCUACAAUUUAAAUUGGAAUUAAUUUCGGUCACGUGCCACAUUGCACCUUUUUACUGAAGGGACAACGUUCUACUCUGUGUUGUCACUAAGAGCCAAGCUAUACAUUUUAGCCUCGAGUCUUUGAAUUUACUGAAAUGCCUCUUCACAAAUUAAUAUUGACAACAACGUUUACGGAAGGGAUAUUAUUUGCUAAAAAAAAACAUGUUUCAUGGUUUUCAUAUUCAGUGAAACAAACCUGUUUGUAAUUAACAGUAAAAUAAAUGCAAUUAAGUGUUCAUUGUAUUCCCUGAAUAUUGAGAACUAAAUUUAAAAAGGAAUUAUUUGACAAUUUAUAUCGUUAUGCGAUACUGCAGUAUCCAGUGAGAAAGUUAGUCCGCUCUUGGAAACAACUGAAAAGUGGUAACAAUCGUACGUUUCCUAAUCUGGUUGUUGUUGGUUGUGUGAUUAUUUAGCUGCUUCUGUAGUGCUUGUGAACCUCGUUUAUAACGCUGCUUCUGUAGUUCUUGUGAACCUCGUUUAUAAUGCUGCUUCUGUAGUGCUUGUGAACCUCGUUUAUAAUGCUGCUUCUGUAGUGCUUGUGAACCUCGUUUAUAAUGCUAUCUCUGUAGUGCUUGUGAACCUCGUUUAUAACGCUGCUUCUGUAGUGCUUGUGAACCUCGUUUAUAACGCUGCUUCUGUAGUGCUUCUGAACCUCGUUUAUAACGCUGCUUCUGUAGUGCUUGUGAACCUCGUUUAUAAUGCUGCUUCUGUAGUGCUUGUGAACCUCGUUUAUAAUGCAAUAGAUUACCUGUUUCUAGUCAACAUAAUACCUGUACAUGUCAUGUAUUUCAGUCAAAUUAUGACAAAGAUGAUCUUGUGACAGAGAAGUUCAAUAGAGGUUGUAAAAUAAUUAUCUCUGUGGUAUAUAGUAAACAUGUACUACCGCUACAGGUAUAUACAGCAUCACAAGUGAGUUAAUCUAUAGAGUAGUUUGUUAUAAUUUACAUGCAUUAAGAGAAAUUUUCGUUCUUUGUUGCUUAUGUGAAAUAUUGUGAUUGCUGUGUGAUAAAGAUUCUGUAAACAACUGUUUUUUUGCUAGAGAUUAAUCUACGCAAUAAUUCUGGAGGAAACUUGUUCAUCAGUUAAAAAAAAAUCCAGAAUAUUAUUUUCAGAACAAAUAUAAUUAAUACUGUAAUAGCGCCCCUUAUUCGAGAUUUCAAGUAUUGGUAAAUACAAAAUACUGGCUUAGUUAUUGAAAAAAAACCAGGUUAAAAUAGAGUGACUUCAUCUUUCUCAAUGUUAAUUUAUGUUUAAAUGGGACAUUUGUUUAUAAGAACAGGGUUAGAAUGUAUUCAUGUGUACAACAUACUGUAAAAGGGGAAAUUUUCGCAUUGAGUGGAUUGACACGAAAAUAUCCACACGGAACUAUGUAAUUAUAGAUAAAUGGAAUAUAGAGAUUUCAGAACGCGAAAAUAUCAACACCGCGAUCGGUUUAAAGGGUCACAAUGUGAACAUAUCCACACGCGAAAAUUUCCACUUUUACAUUAUAAUUGAUUUGUUAUUAGAUGUUCGCUCUGCACAGCAGAAAAGUGCAUCGAGUGGUCACACAGAUUAACCCACGAGAUGGAAUGUAACCUAUAUGCCCACAAUUUGCAUUAUAAAUAAGUGAUCAUGACAUAUUUUGAGGUUACUUGAAUUUUAUUGUUGAUUGUAAGAGUUAUUUGUCAUUAUUAUACAUGCAUAACACUUGUCAAUAGAACAUUAAAAUAUCUGUCUAGCCAA